AUGGACAAGCAAACCAUCGACUCAGAGCAGCAGGUGAUGGCCGAAGACCAUCCGCGGCAUUCGUGUACCCUUGUGUCAAGUUCAGAACGAGGUGACAGGGAUGUCGCCAACUACGACGCAAAAGCUCGUGCCGCUGAUGAAUAUCCGCAUGGUGCGCGCCUGGCUGCUGUUGUGUUUUCACUCAUGUUGGGCGUGUUUUUGGUGGCACUCGACAACACCAUCCUCGGCACGGCCAUUCCCAAAAUAACGGACGAAUUCCAUGACCUCAACAGAGUGUCGUGGUACGGGUCAGCCUAUUUGAUGACAUAUGGCAGUGGCUUCCAAUCAACCUGGGGAAAGUUUUACAAGUACUUUCCAAUCAAGCUUUGGUUCCUCGUUGCCGUGUUCAUUUUUGAAGUGGGCAGCCUCAUCUGCGCCGUGGCUCAAGACCCUACAACUCUCAUUGCCGGCCGGGCUAUCGCUGGCUUCGGCGGAUCCGGAGUUGGCGUCGGAGUUUUCACGAUUAUCGGGUUCGCUGUGCCCCCUGAGAAACGUCCACAGCUUUUGGGCUUUACCGGAGCAACUUACGGCAUCGCCGCAGUCUUGGGACCGCUCAUCGGCGGCGCUUUCACUGAAAAAGUGUCAUGGCGCUGGUGCUUCUACAUCAACCUGCCCAUCGGAGGACUAGCUGCCGGGAUGAUAUUCUUGCUCUUCAAGCCCCCAAGUAGCGCAGCGCCGGCAAAGGCUACACCUAAAGAGAAGUUCUUGCAAAUGGACCUCGUCGGUGGAGUCCUUAUGAUGGGCUUAAUCAUUUCAUAUAUCCUGGCGCUGCAGUAUGGCGGCCAGACACAUUCCUGGAAGAGCAGCCAGGUUAUAGGACUGCUGGUCGGCUUUGUUGUGAUUGUUCUCGUCUUUGUGGCCUGGGAAAUCUACCAGAAGGAACGUGCAAUGAUUGUUCCACGACUGUUCAUGAAACGCUACAUUUGUGUGGGCUCCAUAUUCAUGUUCUUCUUCGGUGGCGCCCACUUCAUUAUCCUUUACUAUCUUCCGAUCUACUUCCAGAGCGUCUAUAACAGCACUCCGAUCGCAUCCGGUCUCAAAAUGCUCGCACUCAUCAUCCCGCUAACCCUCGCUGCCGUCGUGCAGGGAUUUGCGCUAUCCAAAAUCGGCGUCGUACCCCUGUUUUGGAUCAUAGGUGGCGUUUUGGGAACCGUCGGCUGCGGCCUAAUCUAUACUUUUGAUACUGAAACAUCUGCUGGCAAGUGGAUUGGGUAUCAGAUUAUUGUUGGCUUCAGCGCGGGCUGGACAUUCCAGAUUGCCAUGUCAAACGCGCAAGUCCAUGCUUCACCAGAGGACAUGUCGCAGGCCACAGCUAUUGUCAAUUUCUUCAUGACCGUUGGCGGAGCUUUCUUUCUCUCAGCAGCACAAUCGGCCUUCAACAAUCAGCUGAUUGAGACACUUGCCAUAAAACUCCCCGAGAUCGACCCGGCGGUAGCUAUUGGGACCGGUGCAACGCAAAUCCGCGAAGCCUUUACACCUUCGCAAGUUUCCGUCAUCAUCGACGCAUACAUGGUUGGUCUGAAAGCUGUCUUUGCGAUUACAAUUGCCGCCUUUGGUGUCGCCACUGUCAUUGGAUUCUUUGGCAGCUGGAAGAAGCUCCACGGUGAUGAACUGAAGAAGGCGGCCGGUGGCGCUGCAUGA